GUUCGUCCAUCACAUCACAUCGCCCCCUUUCAGCACGGCAGCGCCCAUAUUGGCUACUCUCCCACUCUGCCGAGCAUGCCAGGCCGUACGCCCACCCCCGUAAUCCUCUUCAAGACUCCCAAUUCCUCUCUCGCCGAUGAUCCCUACCAUGCCGCCCUUUCUCGGCCUGGUCUAUCCUCGCAAUAUCAACCGCACUGGGUUCCCGUCCUCCAAGAGACCUACUCUAUAGACGAGCUAGUUCCCUUCCUUGAAGACGGACCCAUCCAGUGGGAGGGCAUAAUUGUAACCAGUCGCCGUGGGAUGGAAGGCUGGGUCCGCGCCGUGCAGGCUCAUCUUGCGCAGCAAAGUGGGCACAAAGGCAAAGGGAGGGCUGGGGGCAGCGAGGAGAAUUGGAGUGAUUUACCCCUGUUCUCGGUCGGCCAAGCAUCAACAGAGCAUCUAGCUGCUGCCGACAUCCCUCCCGCGUUCAAGCCCACUUGCGUUCCAGAGAUGCUCGGCACUCCGCCCAAAUCUGCAGGACCCUUGUCGGAUCUGAUACUCAAUACCCCGCCUCGAGGCCAAUGGAAAGAGACGAAGAAUGGGAACGGAGACAAAAAGGGACACAGGCCAUACCUGUUCUUGUGCGGCGAUAAAUCGCUUGAAGAAAUGCCAGCAACCCUACGAGCCGCGGGGCGGACUGUCAAAGAUAUCUUGGUAUACACCACCUCCCCCCGACUAGGCAUCGCGGAGACUCUUUCUUCUGUAUCUCAAUCCUCUCCAGAGCUAGGCUCGAAAGGAUGGCUAUGCUUCUUCUCCCCUUCAUCUGCGGCCAUCGUGGUGCCCCUUCUGAAGGGCGAAGAAAGCAAGAGAUGGCAGGGAUGGAGAGUGUUUGCAAUCGGGGACACGACCAGGCGGUCUCUCAUAGAAGAUAUGAGGGUCGAAGUCCAUGCUGUGGCAGAUAGGCCGAAUGCGGAGGGCACCUUGCAGGCCAUUCUGAGUGCUGAUGAGGAGUCCAAGUAGGACUCAAUUUAUGUAGAUACUAGAUAACGACAAAGUAAUGCCAUAAUGUAAUACAUUAACGACUAUGAUGUGUCAUGGGACGUUGGAAGAUCUUUCUCACUUGAUCUAAUCAGCCACCGCAGACCCAAGCGGCCCCUGCUAUGCAUAUGCUUUUGGGGCUCGGUGCCCAAAGUCACAUUGCCGUUCUGUCUGAUAGGGCAGCCCAGGGAUGCAUACUGCCAUCUGAAAGUCUGAGAAGGGACGUUUAGACAACGUUGACUUGAGCCGCGGGGGGCUUUCUGAUGUGAUGCAAACAACUCGCGCGACUUUCUU